UAUAAUAUUUAAAUAAGGGGGAAAAAACCUAGAACGAAGUACAAGCGAAACCCUGGGUAAGUAGUGAUUUGAAGGUUUGAAUACACAACUACAGAGCCUCACCAACAGUCCUCCCUGUUACCAAAAUUUAAGAGUAAAUGGCAGAGAAACCCUAGGCCAGAGCGGCGAAGGAGAGAGUGAAGGAACUGGAUACUCGGAAAGUGAACCAAAAAUAGGAAGGAACGCUGAGGAAAGAGGUGGGGAGGGACCAAGAUUCUGAGGAGGAGAAAGCGAGGGCAGAGGAGGCGGAAUCGUCGCGCGGGGAAGCGGUGACCAGGGACAGGUGUGCCGAGCCGCCCCACCGGGCCCCGCCCACCCCGGCGGCGCUCCGCCCCUCAGCUCCCUCCGGGUCCUGCCUAGUCCCGCCUCGCCGGCGGCGGCCGCCGCAUCAGGUGACGGCCCGGAAGCAGCGGAAGCGGAUGAGGGAAGCGCGGCCGCGGCCCGCGGGGCGGCGCAGAGCUGCAGCAGCCUCGGCCUCAUCCCGGCCCCCGGCGCGGUCCUCAUGCGGCGCCCUCCCUGACGCCUGAAAUCCGCCGCUCGCCAUCCUCCUGGGGAUCACUGGCUUGCCCGGCCCGCCGCUCUUUGCGGUUGACGUCGUCGUGGUGCGGGCCUGAGGCGGCUGCCCAUGGAGAAGGCGGGGCGGGGCGGCGAUGGCGCCACUCGGGGGCCCGUACUGCACAUCGUGGUGGUCGGCUUUCACCACAAGAAGGGCUGCCAGGUUGAGUUCUCUUACCCGCCCCUGAUUCCAGGAGAUGGACACGACAGUCACAUUUUACCAGAGGAAUGGAAGUAUUUGCCCUUCCUUGCCUUACCAGAUGGCGCACACAACUACCAAGAAGAUACUGUGUUUUUUCACUUGCCACCCAGAAGUGGAAAUGGAGCCACUGUAUAUGGUAUCUCUUGCUAUCGACAAAUUGAAGCCAAGGCAUUGAAAGUACGGCAAGCAGAUGUCACCAGAGAGACCGUUCAGAAAAGUGUCUGUGUUCUAAGCAAGCUGCCUCUUUAUGGCUUACUUCAAGCAAAACUUCAGCUUAUUACACAUGCAUAUUUUGAAGAGAAGGAUUUUUCCCAAAUUUCCAUUCUAAAGGAGCUCUAUGAACAUAUGAAUAGUUCCCUCGGAGGAACUUCAUUAGAAGGAUCCCAGGUGUAUCUUGGUCUGUCUCCUCGAGAUCUUGUGCUUCAUUUUCGACACAAGGUCCUAAUCCUGUUUAAACUGAUUCUUCUUGAAAAAAAGGUUCUCUUUUAUAUUUCUCCAGUGAAUAAAUUGGUGGGUGCCCUGAUGACUGUAUUAUCCCUUUUUCCAGGCAUGAUUGAACAUGGUCUCAGUGACUGUUCUCAGUAUAGACCCCGAAAGAGUAUGUCUGAAGAUGCUGGGCUUCAAGAAAGUAAUCCCCCUGCAGAUGAUUCUGUUUCAAUGCCUGACAUUUCAAAUACCAACUUGGGAACUGUCAAGAAAAUCAUGACGGAAAACCACCAAGGAGAUGCUGCCAUCAAGACUGAAGAACCUUUGUUCCAGGUAGAAGAUGACAGCAGUGAAGGACAGGAACCCAAUGAUACCAAUCAAUAUUUGAAACCUCCUUCUCGCCCAUCUCCAGAGUCUUCAGAAAGUGACUGGGAGACCUUGGAUCCUAGUGUCUUAGAGGACUCCUCCUUGAAGGAAAGAGAACAGGUGGAGUCAGAACAGACAAACUCAUUUCCAAAGGAAUCUUUGCCCUCAGACAGUCCUCCGAUUACUGUUCAACCUCAGGCGAAUAUGGGCCAGGUCGUCCUGAUUCCAGGGCUAAUUUCCGGGUUGGAAGAGGACCAGUAUGGCAUGCCCUUGGCCAUCUUCACAAAGGGAUAUCUGUGCUUGCCUUACAUGGCACUGCAGCAGCAUCAUCUUCUCUCUGAUGUCACCGUUCGGGGAUUUGUUGCUGGAGCUACUAACAUCCUUUUUCGACAACAGAAACACCUCAGCGAUGCCAUUGUGGAAGUAGAAGAAGCUCUGAUCCAGAUCCAUGAUCCAGAACUCAGGAAGCUGCUUAACCCAACCACUGCAGACCUAAGGUUCGCAGAUUACCUAGUGAGGCAUGUGACUGAGAACCGGGAUGACGUCUUCCUGGAUGGCACGGGCUGGGAGGGAGGUGACGAAUGGAUCCGAGCCCAGUUUGCAGUCUACAUCCAUGCACUGCUGGCUGCCACACUGCAGUUAGAUAAUGAAAAGAUACUGUCGGACUAUGGGACGACCUUUGUUACAGCAUGGAAGAAUACUCACAACUACAGGGUCUGGAACAGCAACAAGCAUCCAGCACUUGCAGAAAUAAAUCCGAACCAUCCUUUCCAAGGCCAGUACUCAGUGUCAGACAUGAAGUUAAGAUUCUCACAUUCUGUUCAAAACAGUGAACGGGGCAAAAAAAUUGGAAACGUCAUGGUCACAACGAGCCGGAACGUUGUACAAACAGGAAAAGCUGUUGGCCAGUCGGUCGGAGGAGCUUUUUCCAGUGCAAAGACAGCUAUGUCUUCAUGGCUUUCUACCUUCACCAGUUCCACUCCCCAGAGUCUCACUGAGCCGCCCGAUGGGAAGCCCUGAGCCAGCCGCCCAGAAGCUGCCGUCACUUUCUUAGGUUUAAGCGUUCCCUGUCUGUCUGCUGCUCCCAGACUGUUCUUCAUCAGCUGCAGGUCCACAGCAGGGGACCGAUACGUCACAUUGUUUACACGGAUGGUUGCCCUCUGUCUAAGUAAAUGUCACGAGAUGCUGAAAAGAUGAGAUCGCAGCCAUAGCAGGGAUGGCCUCCCAGGUUGGAGUUUAAAUUGACUACUUUUAUUUCAGUCUGAGCCUGAUUAAAACACCCAGUGAACCUUCUAAUGAAUUUUGAGUUCCAAUGUUAAACGUUUAUUUACUUGAGAAGUUUUUUACUAAACGUAAAUUGUGUUGUUUUCCUGUUUAAAUAUCCAGAUGGUCGCUGUAAUUUAUAUGUGCUAAAAUUAAGUUAUAUUACUAUUUUGAUUUCUCUAAAAUGGUCCCUAAAAUGUGCUUA